CAAUGAGGGCGCGGCCGCGGGUGUUCCCCUCGCUGGCGUCCGGGCUGCGGGUCGUCCGGCGAAGGACUCGGGCCGCUUUGCUCUGAGGACGUGACGCCUUAGCUUCUUGGACUUCCCUUUGCAGUGUGACAGUCCUAGCUGAGCAGUUACUUCCCCUGAGGGACUGAUAAGCCUUUGACCAAGAAGUGAAGUGGGUGACUCCCGUCGAUGAUCCGGGCAAACACAAUGGGGCAGACUACAAUUAAACACGUGCCAGGAAUCGCAGAGCGCACCCGAACCGCCCCCACAGCUGAGACCCAGACCGCCCGGCUGCCAGGUGAGGGCUUGGCCGAUGAAAGAACUUACCUGAGCAGAACGUACAACUGGAGAGCCAGAGUGGCGAUCGCAGACAGGAACACGGUUGCUCGGCUGCAUGGGACACAACAACCCGGGAGGUGCCAGAGUGUGCCACUCGGAUCGACACCUUCAGGGUCCUAGCAUGGAAAAUCCCCAGAAGACAGAAGUGGUUCUCCUUGCCUGUGGCUCCUUUAACCCAGUCACCAACAUGCACCUCCGGUUGUUUGAGCUGGCCAAGGACCACAUGAACGCAACAGGGAAAUACAGGGUUAUCAAAGGCAUCAUUUCUCCCGUUGGCGACGCCUACAAGAAGAAAGGUCUCAUCUCUGCCCAUCACCGAGUGAUCAUGGCACAACUUGCCACCCAGACUUCCAGCUGGGUGGAGGUGGACACCUGGGAGAGUCUGCAGAAGGAGUGGGUAGAGACUGCGAAGGUGCUAAGACACCACCAGGAGAAGCUGGAGGCUAGAGGCUGUGAGCAGCAGGACUCCCCUGUGCUGGAGAGGCCUGGCCGGAAGAGGAAGUGGGCUGAACAAAGAUCAGAAUUGAGUCAGAAGAAGACCCCAGAGCCACAAAGAAAAGACGUGCCCAAGGUCAAGCUGCUGUGCGGGGCAGAUCUGCUGGAGUCCUUCGGUGUCCCCAACCUGUGGAAGCACGAAGACAUCGCCAACAUCGUGGGGGACUACGGGCUCGUCUGCAUCACCCGGGCUGGAAACGAUGCUCAGAGAUUCAUCUACGAAUCGGAUGUGCUGUGGAGACACCAGGCCAACAUUCACCUGGUGAACGAAUGGAUCACCAACGACAUCUCGUCCACGAAGAUCCGGCGAGCCCUCCGAAGGAGCCAGAGCAUUCGCUACUUGGUACCAGAUCUCGUCCAAGAGUACAUCGAGAAGCAUAAUUUGUACAGCGCCGAGAGCGAGGAGAGGAACGUCGGGGUCAUCCUGGCACCUCUGCAGAGAAACACGGCCGCCACUAACUCAAGAACUACCACAGCGUGAAGUUGCGCGCCUCCCCUGGGGGAAUCUGAAACUGUCUGGGUGGCAGCAGUUUAAUUGAUUUGAGCCAGAGAGAGCAGCUGGGGGAAGGAAUUAUGAUUCUCUUUCAUACAUUGAAACUUGAAAGUUUGGUAAAAAUCAGUAGUAAAUUAAAAUCAGGUUUAUUUUUUUUCUUUUUACCAGAAGUUGCAAAGGUGAAUGUUUUCACUAUUACCAUCUUUUUUGUUUUGAAUGUGCAAAUCCUUUUAUCUUUAAAACAAGAGAUUAGCAGCACUCUACCCAGAAGACGGUUUAAUCAAAUUAACUAUAAAUCAGAAGGCAAAAAGGGCAUCUGGCUUUCUCAUACUAGAGAAGCAAAGUCUGAAGAGCCAGGUGCAUUUAAAGGCCUCACGUUAGUUAUGAAGGAACGAACAUUUGUGGAUGCCUAAUUCUGGGCCGAAGAAGUCACUCUUCAAACAGCCAUCUUGCAAAAAGCAGCACGGAGCAGCCAUCUCCAGCUGUGCACAGGCAGGCUGGGAAUGUGCCUGGCGGAAACCUCGGGCCCACAGAAUGGCUGGUUAGGCUUCGCCAAGAUACACCUGCCUGGAGCUCCGCCUCUGGAGGCAGGGAGUGGGGUCCAAGCCCUGGCGUGUUUGCAAAGGCAGGCAGGUUUCUCCAAUGCCCCCCGGUGGUGGAGAGCCUCUGCAUCAGGUGUCUUACGCAUUCUCCUAGCACAGCCCGAACCCUGGCCACCCUUUCGGAGAUGACAUCAUGCUAAUGCAGUGUCUUAUUCAAGAAUGCGGUUAAGUGUCAGUGCUCUAAGCUUUAUGGAUAGCUUAAUAAGCAAAAGACAAACGGAGACCUUAAACACAUGAGAAACGCCCCGCUGUGUGGCCAGAGUUUCAGCGCAGGGUUGGGGCGCUGGUGAGGGGUGUAGAAGCCAUCAGCCCCGCCUGCGCUGAGGGUCUGAAGAGCCUGCUGUUUCGUUGCAGCCACGGUGAAUCUGCCUUUUGUGAAUCUGUACAUUUUUCUCUUGUCCAUUUGUGUGGACUUUAUUUGUGUUUUUUAAAAAAAUAAUUUUAUUGAUUUUUUACAGAGAGGAAGGGAGAAGCAUAGGGAGUUAGAAACAUCAAUGAGAGAGAAACAUCGAUCAGCCGCCUCCUGCACACCCCCUACUGUGCCCGCAACCAAGGUACAUGCCCUCGACCGGAAUCGAACUUGGGACCCUUCAGUCCGCAGGCUGACGCUCUAUCCACUGAGCCAAACCGGCUAGGGCCCUUUGUGUGGACUUUUCUCAAGGCAGAACUCCCAAGUAAUAAAGUCAUAGCUCUAUGUUAAAAAUACAAGCUUGCUAUAUGAUUUGAUACUGAUAAAGAUUUAGUGGACAUUUUAUCAAUUGGUAAAGCAAAAAGGCCAGAAAUAGUUUUUUAUAGAAUAGUGUUGUGGUUUGUGAAAAUCAUUCUAUGAUAGAAACAGGACUAAAGUUACAUUUCCAGUGAAAAUAGAAUACCAGUAAUCUAGCUUUUGCAAUUUAUUCUUCAUACCUACACCACUCUAGAUGAAGGAUUUAUAACUGCAGAAGAAAAAGGUACUUAUAACCGUGCAACUGCAUAGUCAAAUCUGUACCCACAGUUCACAAAGGAAAAGGUUAAAUAAAGCCAGCAAAUAAAUGUA